AUGUCGAAGAGCGCAGAUCACAAGCAUUCCGAAACAGACGACAGCGGCUCAGAGAGUGAUGGCCCAGAGACUCUCGGAGACAAACUCCUCGUUUAUUUGGUGGAGAGCAAGUUCGACGUGAGACGAGAGUUUCUUCCGGAAGGAUACAUCGACAAGGUCAUCAGUCGCAGCGCCAUCCAAGACGAACUCUUCUCUGGUAAGAAGCUUGAUGGUGAUGACGAAUCAUUGAUCAACUUCAUCCAUGCCCACGCCAAGAAGGUCUUCGCGACGGCUUACUGCGCUCUCGGUAGUAACGCAGGAAGCUCGCUUCUUGAUACCAUGGAUUACUUUCGUCGCCUGAACUUUACAGACGGAGCACUUCCGAUCAACGACAUUCAAAAGGCGGAUAAGACCAGGAAGGCCAAGACAAAGCUUCCAUUUCCGUUCGAUUUCAGUGAUGAUUCCAGGCUACAAAGCGCAGACGGUACCCCGGCCCAUAUCGCUAUAAAGGAGAUUCUCACAACUGAUGAUGACGAAGAGCUGCAGCAGGAGGUGGAGCAAAAUUUCAAGGUAGAGGCAGACGCUCUGUCCGACAUUGCAAGUCUCAAACACAAGCAUAUUAUCGAGAGAAUUGCCGCUAUCACACGAGGCGAAAAUCGAUACUUCAUGUUUCAAUGGGCUGAUGGAGGCAAUCUGAGAGACUUCUGGAAAAGCCACCCCACGCCAGAAUUCGACGCUAACUUGGUUCGGGAAUCCGUAACUCAAUUGCGUGGACUUGCCGACGCAUUGGCAGCUCUUCACAACUACAAAGGCGAGGGCAACUACCGGCAUGGUGACUUAAAGCCAGAGAACAUUCUCAGGUUCGAGGACAAGACCUUUGUUGGAACCCUCAAGAUCGCCGAUAUGGGCCUUGCUAAGCGUCAUACUGAGGCAACCGACGCCCGAUUAGGCCCGACCAACACCAAAUAUGGUACUGCACGGUACGAGCCUCCUGAAGCAGUAACAAACAAACUGAAGGCCAGAUCUCGUCUUUACGAUGUAUGGUCAUUAGGAUGCAUCAUAUUGGAGUACAUCAUAUGGUUUCUCUACGGAUAUGACGGCGUCAGAGAGUUCACCGAAGCGCUCCUCGACGACACAGGCUGUUUCUACCGCACCGAAAAGGACGGGAAUCAAACAAAAGCUGAAGUUCAUCCUAUAGUCGUUCACUGGAUGAAUGAACUCAGCAAACACCCGGAAUGCUCUAAGUCUACGCACACAGCGAUUCGAACUCUUCUUGACCUUGUCCGAGAUAGACUAUUAGUUGUCGCUCUCCGGCCUAGUCCAGAGACAACAUCUGAAAUGUCCUCAGCAGUCGUUUCUGUUACCCUUGCUGAUACCCUCGAGCCGCCACAGGUUGGCGCAGCCAGGGCCAAAGCCGCCGCUGCAAGCUCUGCGCUCCAAGCGAUACUGGAAGAUGGUGAGGGGAACGAGAAGUAUCUACUCUCGAGCAAGAACAGACCAGGCUCCAGGCGCCCAUCUGCCGCUGCAAUCCCUAGAUCCAGCAACACUUUGCAGGUUCCAGGACAAUCUAAGCCGAAGCCAAACGCACCUGCCAAAGAUGCUUCGAUUUACACCACCAAACUGUCCGGUCUGAAGGGGUUUUACGCUGCCAAAGGACCCAAGCUCAAAUGCUUGCUGACACCCACCCGUUAG